AUGGCGGACGAACGCAAUCAUCCCCGCCAGCGCCGGGCAUUAGCCCACGCAUUUUCCAAGCGCGCCCUGAUGGAACAAGAAGAUAUUCUGCUCGGAUACGUGCGAAAGUUCAUCAGCCGACUGGAAGGGUUCGCUCGCGACGGCACGCCAGUCAAUCUGGUCAACUGGUUCAACUACACCACGUUCGACAUCAUCGGAGACCUGUCGUUCGGCGAGCCCUUUGGCUGUCUGGCAGAAGGCGAAGGGAGUGAGUCGGCCCACUGGGUAGUGCUGAUCUAUGAGAGUAUCAAGUCCGGAGCCAUCGAACAGGCAACUCGGCGGUUUGCCAGGGCGGGAAGCCUCUUGCAGCGAGAGAAAACGAUUCGCCGGAUGGAGACCCCGACCGAUCACAAGGAUUUCCUGUGGUACAUCCUUCGGCAGCGGGAAAAGAAAAACGAAGUCAGUGACGACGAGGUCAUCAUGAACGCUGCCUUGUUCAUUGUCGCAGGCAGCGAGACGACAGCCACCCUGCUCCGCGGCAUCAUGAAUCAACUCCUGAGGAACAAAGCGAUCUUUGAAAAGCUCAAAGCAGAAAUCCGCGGCAGCAUCAAGACGGCGGAUGACCUCGUCAUGGCCAAUCUGGAAAAGCUCCCAUACAUGGAUGCGUGCUUAGAAGAGGCGUUGCGAAUCUUCCCGCCAGUGCCCGUGGGGCUCCUGAGAAUUGUGCCCGAAGGGGGCUCCAUGAUCGAUGGACACUUCAUCCCUGCCGGCGUAAGUAUUAGAGAAUGCUGA